AUGCUUGCCGCUGCAUUCUUUAGCUUCAUUGUUGCGAAAUCGGCGAUGAAUCAACCUCCGAGGGGCAGUUAUUUCACGAUCCAUUGCUGGACUCUGCAAGUCACUCGGUGGAUUAAGUAGCUGAUUGCAGGAAUUGCGACUCCUAGAUUUGUUCCGGAAGGAGAAUUAAGCAAAAAUGGGAAUGCCAGGAAGUCUUGGUAAAUGCAAAUUGAGUACCAGCAUUCAAGCCAGCUUUGGUGUUCCGGACGAUCCUGACUAUGUUUUCGACAUUUCAGCCAAUAUGGACAACUCCAUAAUGGCGGUAUCGCUUUCAACAAAUGCGAUCAAAUUGUAUGCGCCGGCCACGGGGCAAUAUCUGGGAGAUUGCCUUGGACACACCAAAACAAUUUCGGACAUUUCUUAUGUAGAUGCAGGUUCACCCCAUAUCUUAUGUUCGUCCUCAGCUGAUGGCACCGUGAGGGCAUGGGAUGUUCGAUUGAGGCAGGAGGUGGCAACUUUACGAACAGCGAAUCAGGAAUUCUGGAGUUUUGAUAUUGGAGGUUCUACUCAAAACCUGGUUGCUGCUGGUGCCAAUGCUGCGAUGAUAUGUUGGGACCGGAGGACAAAUCGUCAAGUAGCCAUGUUGAAUGAAUGCCAUACAGAGGCCGUUACGCAGGUUCGCUUCCAUCCUAAUAAGAAAGAAAAGCUGGUGUCCGCCUCAGUGGAUGGAUUGAUGUGCGUUUUCGAUACGAAAGGCGACAUCAAUGACGACGAAGGGAUGGAUUCCGUAAUGAGUGUCGGAACUUCUGUGGCAAAGAUAGGCUUCUAUGGAAAGAACUGCGAACGCUUAUGGUGCCAGACACAUAUCGAAACAUUGAGUUCUUGGAACUUGGAGGAGGCUAUUAUGGAAGCGGACUUCAGUGAAAUGCGAGCUCAUGCCUCAUGCAACUGGAGUUUCUCUCCUGUGGAGUAUUUGAUACGCUGUUGCUACGUAGCAGCUUUUGAUACAAUCUGGCUGUUAGCUGGAACUCAAGAAGGUACUAUAGGAUAUUUUCCUCUUCACAUUCCAACUCCGAAUACUGGCACAAGUGUGCCCGCGGUUGGGCCAGCCAGCGCCGUCUUGACAGGUGGUCAUAAUGGCGUGGUUCGAUCUGUGUGGUCUCCUCCCGAUAGUGCAAGAGAAUCUGGCGCCACUUUGGAAGGCCUGUUCUGCUGGACUGGUGGUGAGGAUGGUCGUUUAUGUAGCUGGACCGAAGAUAACUAUGCGCAUGAGAGGAGCACGGCUUGGGUAUCCAGUGGGUUGGUUGCGAAGAAGGCUGCUCGUCCGAAGCGAAGGCAUACUCCUUACUAAUAAAUUCUUGAUGUAACAUACCAUAUUAGGGUGGAUUUUGCUACCUACAAUUUCACUACAGUGAGAUUUUCACCGAAGCUAUUGUAGGAACGGGCCUUGGAAUGCAUACCGCAUCAACUUGAGCGUGCAAGAAAUUUGCCAUUGUUUGUCCUGUAUUCACGUAUGUAGUACAUGAGCCAGAGUGUGCUCACAAGACAAGCCAGCGAUGAUGAGAGUGAUGACACGAUUUAGGAUAGGUGAAGUUGGCGUUACACCGUUCGCUACACUGACCAGUUCACAGCAGUGUCUGAUCAAUAUUAUAUCAAAUCGGAACGAGUUCCCAGCAUGAUCUUCAUGCCACUAUCGCUA